AUGUCAUCACUUCAUUCUAAGAGAAUUGUGUUUGAUAGAACCUUCCCGGAUUUCAAGCAAGAUUUAGAACGCUUGUUCAAUUUUACGGGGCUAGAUCCAGUUUCUGGAAUGAAUAUAUCUUUACUUGUAAAAAGAUUGGUUUAUGAUAUGUGUACUUCUUAUCCUAAGCCACAUACAAAGAAAUUAUUUAAUUCUAUUGCCGAGUUUUUGACUCAGUAUACUACAAAAAUUCGAAUGUCAAUUUUGGAUCAUGAUGACGUAGUUAGCGCAUAUGUUAGAGAAUGGGAACAUUACCGAGUUGCUUCCGAUGCUUCUAGCAAGAUAUGUGAAUACCUUAACAGAUUAAUAAUGAAAAAGGAUCCUAAAGAUCGUAGCGGGAUGGACAGAAACCGUCUUGUUGAAGAUGGCAAAUAUAGAAGGCAAACUGUUCACGCGCUGGCGUAUCUGAUAUGGAAAGAGCGAAUUAUUGACGACAUAAGAUUGAAGCACUCUGAUCGGUUUAUGUAUCAGAUAUUUGAAUUGAUCCGAAGAGAUAGGGACGGAAAGGAUACAGUGCCUAAUGUUGUCGCAGAUGCAAUUAAUUCUCUUG